UUUCUUAAUCUUUUCAGAGUUAGUCCUGAGGUUAUCUUGUAUGUUUGUUUCCUAAAUUUCUCAAUGCUGGAGCGGACAGUAUCACGCAGAAUGGACGGCUUCAACAGAGUCGCUUUUCGCAAGAAACCACGAUGUUUGGAAACUGAGGAGCAAGAAGAAAAAGAGAAGAAAAGUAAAACUGGCUGUUUCCAGUCCAAGAACGCUGACGAGGACACAUGUGUGGCGGUGAAAAUCGAACACUCCAGAGCUCUAGGCAGUAGUUCGUCACGUGAGCACAGUAACAGGCCCAGUGUGCAGGAGUGUCUGAUUCGGGCGAGCGGUGGGAAGAGUGAGAAGAGCAGCAGAGGGGUCAAUGGAAGAGGUUUCAGCAGCGGGCCUCGGCUGCCGACUAAACCACAAGUGCCUCCAAAGCCAGCACACCUCCAAAGCCCGGUGACAGAGCUCUCAUCCCCGCUGAGCCGCUUCCAGAAACCACCACUUAGACUGGGCAUGGAAGAGGGAGGUGGAGGAGGAGGAGGAGGGGGAGGAAGAGGGGCUAUGAACAGGGAGAGAGCCAGAGAGAAAAACUCCAAAGUCUCUGACCUCAUCAGCCGUUUUGAGGAGAACAGCAACACAGAAAACAAGAGAGACAGCUCACCACUCAAACAGAUCAGCAAGUCAUCCAACUGUAGCCCCACUCACCGUGGCUACCAGAGGCAGACGGACUCUGGCAGGACACAGGAGAAACGUUCAACUGAGGAUUUGAGCUCAGCACCGGACGAGCAGCAGGAUGACUACAAACCGGCAGCUAAUGGGGUGCUAGCGCAGAUGGAGCAGGACAAGGAGAAGGAGGACAAACAGGAGGGGAACGAUGAAAGUGUGAGGAUAGAGACUGCUGGGCUGGUGAAUGGAGAUAUGGGGGACGGAAGCACAGAACAGAGUGAGGAUCAUUCACCUCCACACACAGGCAGGACUGGUACAGAAAGCUCCACGGAGAAUGAGGACAGUGGGACUACAACAGAAAGUGAACACAGGAAUGAAGAAGGGAGUGCAGAUCAGAAGGAGACAAAUGAACAGAAGCUGUUCAAGAUCGCCAGCGAGCUCCUGCACACAGAGAAGGCCUAUGUAACACGACUUAACCUGCUGGACCAGGUAUUCUGUGCUAAGCUAAUGGAGGAGGCAAUUAAAGGAACAUUCCCUGUGGAUGUGGUAAAGAACAUCUUCUCCAACAUUGCCUCCAUCAAUGCCUUUCACAGCCAGUUUUUGCUUCCAGACUUAGAGAAACGCAUGGGAGAAUGGGAAUCUACACCUCGGAUCGGAGACAUCCUGCAGAAACUCACGCCCUUCCUCAAAAUGUAUGCAGAGUACGUGAAGAAUUUCGACAAGGCCAUGGAAGUGCUGAAACAGUGGACCGACCGCUCGCCUCAAUUCAAGGCCAUCAUUCAGGAGAUACAGAGUCAAGAGGUAUGCGGCUGCCUGACACUUCAGCAUCACAUGUUGGAGCCGGUGCAGAGAGUUCCUCGUUAUGAGAUGCUGCUUAAAGACUAUCUGAAGAAGCUGCCUCAGGACGACUCCGACCGACGAGACGCAGAAAAAUCCUUAGAAAUAAUCGCCACAGCAGCCACUCACUCCAACAGCGCCAUACGAAAAUCCGAGAAUCUGAAGAAACUGCUGGAGAUAUAUGAGAUGGUGGGUGAGGAGGAGGACAUCGUUAAUCCCUCAAAUGAGUUCAUCAAAGAGGGAUACAUCCUGAAGCUGGCAGCCAGGAACACCAGCGCCAUGGAGAGAUACCUCUUCCUGUUCAACAACAUGCUGUUGUACUGCGUGCCCAAAUUCAGCCUGGGAGGGACCAAGUACACAGUGAGAACGCGGAUCGGCAUUGACGGCAUGAAGGUCCUGGAGACAACCAAUGAGGACUACCCUCACACCUUCCAGGUGUCUGGGAAAGAGAGGACGCUGGAGCUACAAGCCAGCUCAGAACAGGACAAGGCAGGCUGGAUAAAGGCUUUCCGGGAGACCAUUGAGAUCUUCCAACAAAAAAAUGAGUCAUUCAAGAACGCGUCUAAAGAUGUGGAGGAAGUAUCGAAUGCAGAGCUGGGGAAGCGUGCCCCACGCUGGAUCCGCGAUAAUGAAGUGACAAUGUGUAUGAAAUGUAAAGAGCCUUUCAAUGCUCUGACGCGGCGGAGGCACCACUGCAGAGCCUGUGGCUACGUGGUUUGCUGGAAAUGCUCAGACAAUAAGGUGCAGCUCGAAUAUGACAACAACAAGCUGAACAAGGUCUGCAAGGACUGCUACCAUAUCCUGACAGGAGAAGGGGUAGCUGAGGGCAAGAAGAAGGGCAUCCUCGAGAUCGAGGCAGCUCAGUUCUCAGGCAGCAGCAUCAUAUGUGGCUUCCUGCAGUACUGUGAGAAGAACAAACCCUGGCAGAAGGUGUGGUGCGUCAUCCCCGAAAAGGAAGGUGUGGUGCUCUACCUUUACGGAGCUCCGCAGGACGUGAAGGCCCAGGGCACCAUCCCUCUCCUGGGCUAUUCUGUGGAGGACAGCACCCGGCCCACGGACCCUCCAGCCAGCUUCCGCCUCUCCCAGUCCAAGUCUGUCCAUAACUUUGCAGCUGAAUCAGAGGAGCUUAAGCAGCGCUGGUUGAAAGUGAUUCGAGUGGCAGUGACAGGGGAGGUGCCAGAAUGCCCUCAACCCAACGGCAGCAAUGCCAACAUGAUGGACGACAACAACACACAAGAUGCGGGAAAUGAUAGCACAUAAGGAGUGUAUUUUCUACAAAAACUCUGCUGUCUGACUUUUUUUUUAAUAAAGAAAUUGCUGUUGGAUUACUGGAGAAAGUUUGUUUGUGGACUGCACAAGCAAUACAAAUGCUCCAUGCUGUCCUUGAAUCUGAAAGACUUCAAUCAGUGCUGGAUAAGCUGCCUUUCCUUACCACUCUAUUUCCCACUAUAUUCUUGGAUUUCCUCUUAAACUCAUGCAAGACUCACUUCAUCAGCUGUGCUCGAUUACUAAAGGACAUGUCUGGUACAAUCAACACUAGAGCACAUUGGCCUCAGGACGGUUUCCGCAUCUCUCCGAGAGGCAUAUUUAAGGACAGCUCAAAACUGUCUUCAUGGACUCUUUCAUGUGUCAACCCCUCUUGAGCCAGUGGACUAUCACAGACUUACAGAGUGCACUAUACAGGAUGUGAAAGUAGAAAAGAGGGUCUAAACUAAGUCUGCUGGUGCUGUAACUCAGCUGUGUAACCGUACAGUAUAAAUGUUUUUUUUUUCCUUUCAAAAAAAAAAAAAAGGAACAAUUCUGUUUUUAAUGCAAUGAAGAUCAGAUCCAAACUUGCUAAGUAUGAUAUAAAGUAUUUACAGUAUUUCUUCAUUUCUUUGCUUGGUAAGAGGGCUCCAAAACUGCCAAAAAACAAAAAAAGAGCAUGUGGUUGAAUUGAAUGACGAUGGUCUCAUCUCUCCGCUUGUCCCUCAGUUGGAUGUACGUUGGCUGAUCUGGCUGCCUGCUUGCAAGUGGUAGUAGCUGUCCUGCAGAGUGUGUUUUCUUUAUGCUAAAGGCACUAAUUUGCAAAUAAGUUAGUUUUACCCAUAUACUAUAAUUGGUUAUUGUAGAGUUGGUUGAGCCUAAAAUACCAGCUUCAUAAUGACCUGCAAGGAUAAUUCCUCUCUGGCAGUGUUAUUUUAUAUCACAAUAACAAUAUACUGUAUGGUGAUGCAGUAAAUUCACUGGAAAUACAUUUAAGGUUCCAGUGGAUCCUACAAUUCCCAUAAUGCAACUCUAAAGCUUAUUUCAUUAGAUCUUUCCUGCUUGUAAACUCCUGUCUUAAACACCACACCCCUACUUUACAAUGAAGGUUUUGUAUUAUAUAUUUGAAGAUUCAAGAUAACCUGGAUGACAUCACUACGACAUCAGUGGGAUUUUCUCAGACUAUAGGUUCCCUGCAGAGACACAGAAGACAUUAUACAACCGGUUGAAUAGCACUCUCCUUAUCUUUCUAUGUGUAAAAUUGGAAUACUUAAUGGUAAAAAUACAGUCAAAUCUUUACCAGGUGAUAAAAUCUUUGGCUCGACUGUGCUGUUUGUAUUAAAAUGGCAGAUUGCAAUCCUGUGUA